AUGCGCAAGACCGCUUCGAUACGGGUAGCAUCAGGGGGAGCGGUGAAAGCAACGUGCGCAUGCGCGCGGGCUACCUCAAACGCCGUUGGCGUCCCGGCCGUGGCGCGAGGGACGCAUUAUUCAUUGUUUCGUCAACGGCAUCAUUGUGCGCUGGGUCUGCACACCUGUGGUGAGGGCGCAGGCCCACGCUUUCAGGCGCUUCGAUGCAGCCGCGCCUUCAUCAAGUCUCGCUCACUGUCUCCUGACGAUCCCUUCGGUGAGCGCAGCACCUGGGAGGACCCGAGCGACGGCAUCUAUGCUGCCUGGAAGGACAUCGACCAGGAGGCCUUUGUGAAUGCCACGGAGAGCCAGGAGGUGCGCCAGGCACACUUCGGUCCGGAGUGGGCCCGCUUCAGCACGGUGGGCCGCAUGUCCGUCAAGAAGAUGCGAGAAGAGCAGAAACGGCAGCACUCACCGCCGUCAGGAGCGGCUGACAGUGAGUCACAGGCCACUGGGGUAGCGGCGGCGGCGUCCGGCUCGUCGACUCAGCGUUACCCCACCGCAGAGGAGCUGCACGAGGCAGACUUGAGGCAGCGGUAUCGGCUGCUGGAGCGCAACUACAGCAGCUACGAGGCUUUUCUGGAGCACGAGGUCGGUGGCGGUGAAGGGUUUGCAGAGGCUGAGGAGGACCUCACCUCCGCGUCAGAGGCAGGGGUGCACCGAGGAGAUGCCAAGGAAGAGUUGUACUCGGCCGCGUCGAUGGAGAGCGCGUUCUCGUCUGUGGACGGCCUUGACGGACUCGACCGCAUGGCUCAGCGCAACGUAGAGCGAGAGGCACUAGAGACACUGGAGGCAGCCGAGGUAGCAGAGCGGGUACCGCUGCCGCCUUUCAUGUUCGAGCCGGACACCCGUGACGGGGCUGCGCCACGGGCAUUCUCGUCGGUGAACCCAACUCUCACCAUCAACUCAGCGUCGACGGCGACGGAGAUCGGGAGGUCAAAGACGGCGACAAGCAUGUCUACAGCGGAACCGUGCUCGACGACCGGCUUUCACUCGGCGUCGGCUUCGCCUUCUACGUCCGCGGCUGCAGGUGGCAUCCCUGCCUACGCUGUGCGGCAGGUGCUGGGGGCUCUCGGUAGCCCGCAUGGUGACUCCCGCCUCCCCCUUACCGAUCCCCUGCAUUGGGGCACGGAGGACGUCAUCUGUUUUCUAACACUCAUGGAGCAGCCGCCUCUCUCGGCUGAGGCCGGCGACUUGCCGGCGUCGUCGGCAUUUUCGACGAUGGACGACACGAUGUGCGACACAUUUCGCAUGGCUUGCGUGACGGGUGAGACACUGCUGAACGUGGUAACGCCGCCUCGUUUGUUUCGGCUCAUGCGCCAGUGGCACAUUCGCCGACAGGAUGUCGUGCGCAAAGCCUGGAGGCUGCGAGCGCAGGCCGCGGGAGCGCCCUCGACGGAAGCGGAUAGCCGUCUUCCAGAUGAUGUAGUACGGAUGGCCGUGGUACAGAACUGCGAGCGACUGGCAGAGGCGGUGCAGCAGCUGGACCGCAACCUCAUUCAGGAAACCAUUCUUCUCUGUUUUCAAUACGGUCACUGA